UUUUUUAGUGCGCUUUACGGACUGCGUUGCCUCGCGUCUGCAAUUGAAAAAACGCGGAUUUAGCAGCUAAAGUCCAUAUUAAAGUGUAUUCCCAACACAACACGAACAAUUGUAAUAAAAAAUGCACUAAAACAACGCAGCAAACGCCAACAACUUAUUGUUUUUUCCUGCAAUUUUCAAGCGUGUGCCCAUUGCGCUGCUCUGUGGCUUUGUCACGCGUGCAAAAUUUUCAUCAGCUCUCCCUGGAUAAAUCUUAAACUUUUCGCAUCGCAAUGAGCACCACGACGGACUCGAAGGCGCCGCUGCGCCAGGUGAAGCGUGUGCAGUUUGGCAUUUUGUCACCUGACGAAAUCCGCCGGAUGUCUGUGACGGAGGGCGGCGUACAGUUUGCGGAGACGCUGGAGGGCGGCCGUCCGAAGCUGGGCGGCCUGAUGGAUCCGCGACAGGGCGUCAUAGAUCGCACGUCGCGCUGUCAGACGUGCGCCGGCAACAUGACCGAGUGUCCCGGACAUUUCGGGCACAUUGAUCUGGUCAAGCCGGUGUUUCACAUUGGCUUCAUCACAAAGACGAUCAAGAUAUUGCGCUGCGUGUGCUUCUAUUGCUCCAAGAUGCUGGUGUCGCCGCACAAUCCCAAGAUCAAGGAGAUCGUCGUCAAAUCUAAGGGCCAGCCGCGCAAGCGUCUGGCCUACGUCUACGAUCUGUGCAAGGGCAAAACGAUCUGUGAGGGCGGCGAGGACAUGGAUCUGACCAAGGACAAUCAGCAGGUUGAUCCCAACAAGAAACCCGGCCACGGCGGCUGCGGCCACUACCAGCCCUCGAUACGUCGAACCGGCCUCGAUCUGACCGCCGAGUGGAAGCACGUGAACGAGGAUUCGCAGGAGAAGAAGAUCAUUGUGUCCGCUGAGCGCGUCUGGGAGAUACUGAAGCACAUCACAGACGAGGAGUGCUUCAUAUUGGGCAUGGAUCCCAAAUAUGCCCGACCCGAUUGGAUGAUUGUCACAGUGCUGCCCGUGCCGCCGCUGGCCGUGCGUCCGGCUGUCGUUAUGUUUGGCGCGGCGAAGAAUCAGGACGAUUUGACCCACAAACUGGCGGACAUUAUCAAGGCGAACAACGAGCUGCGCAAGAACGAGGCCAGCGGCGCCGCCGCGCACGUCAUCCAGGAGAACAUCAAGAUGCUGCAGUUCCAUGUGGCCACACUCGUCGACAACGACAUGCCCGGCAUGCCGCGUGCCAUGCAGAAGUCCGGCAAGCCGCUGAAAGCGAUCAAGGCGCGUCUCAAAGGCAAGGAGGGCCGCAUCCGAGGUAAUCUUAUGGGCAAGCGUGUGGACUUCUCCGCCCGUACGGUCAUCACACCUGAUCCCAAUUUGCGUAUCGAUCAGGUGGGCGUGCCGCGCUCUAUUGCACAGAAUCUUACCUUUCCGGAGCUGGUGACACCCUUCAACAUUGAUCGCAUGCAGGAGCUGGUGCGACGCGGCAACUCCCAGUAUCCGGGCGCCAAAUACAUUGUCCGCGACAAUGGGGAGCGCAUUGAUCUGCGUUUUCAUCCCAAAUCCUCAGAUCUGCAUCUGCAGUGCGGCUACAAAGUGGAGCGGCAUUUGCGCGACGACGAUCUGGUCAUAUUCAAUCGACAGCCGACGCUCCACAAGAUGAGUAUGAUGGGGCACAGGGUGAAGGUGCUGCCCUGGUCCACGUUCCGUAUGAAUCUGUCCUGCACAUCGCCGUACAAUGCCGAUUUCGAUGGCGACGAAAUGAAUCUCCAUGUGCCGCAGUCCAUGGAGACGCGCGCCGAGGUGGAGAACAUACACAUCACCCCGCGACAGAUUAUAACGCCGCAGGCCAACAAGCCCGUCAUGGGCAUUGUCCAGGACACCCUGACGGCCGUUCGUAAGAUGACCAAGCGUGAUGUGUUCAUAACGCGCGAACAGGUGAUGAAUCUGCUCAUGUUUCUGCCCACCUGGGAUGGCAAAAUGCCGCAGCCGUGCAUUUUGAAGCCGCGUCCCCUUUGGACGGGCAAACAGAUUUUCUCGCUGAUUAUACCCGGCAACGUGAACAUGAUACGCGCCCAUGAAACGCAUCCCGACGAGGAGGAUGACGGGCCCUACAAGUGGAUAUCGCCCGGUGACACCAAGGUUAUGGUGGAGCACGGUGAACUGAUCAUGGGCAUACUCUGUAAGAAGACGCUGGGCACAUCUGCCGGCUCCCUGCUGCAUAUUUGCUUCCUGGAGCUGGGCCACGAUAUCGCUGGCCGGUUCUACGGCAACAUCCAGACGGUCAUCAACAACUGGCUGCUGCUCGAGGGCCACAGCAUUGGCAUUGGCGACACCAUUGCCGAUCCGCAGACGUACAACGAAAUCCAGAUGGCCAUCAAGAAGGCCAAGGACGAUGUCAUAAAUGUCAUCCAGAAGGCGCACAACAUGGAACUCGAACCGACGCCCGGCAACACGCUGCGUCAGACCUUCGAGAACAAGGUGAAUCGCAUCCUAAACGAUGCUCGUGACAAAACUGGCGGCUCCGCCAAGAAAUCCCUCACCGAAUACAACAAUCUAAAGGCCAUGGUCGUGUCCGGCUCGAAGGGCUCCAACAUUAACAUCUCACAGGUUAUUGCUUGUGUGGGCCAGCAGAACGUGGAGGGCAAGCGCAUACCGUACGGCUUCCGGAAGCGCACUCUGCCGCAUUUCAUCAAGGACGAUUAUGGUCCCGAGUCCAGAGGCUUUGUGGAGAAUUCCUAUCUGGCCGGCCUGACACCCUCCGAGUUCUAUUUCCAUGCCAUGGGUGGUCGUGAGGGUCUCAUCGAUACGGCCGUCAAGACAGCCGAAACCGGCUAUAUCCAGCGUCGUCUGAUCAAGGCUAUGGAGUCCGUGAUGGUCAACUACGAUGGCACCGUGCGUAACUCUGUCGGCCAGCUGAUUCAGUUGCGUUACGGCGAGGACGGCCUCUGCGGCGAGCUGGUCGAGUUCCAGCACAUGCCCACGGUCAAGCUGUCGAACAAGGUGUUCGAGAAACGCUUCAAGUUCGAUUGGUCCAACGAGCGCUACAUGCGGCGCGUCUUCACGGACGAUGUAAUCAAGGAGAUGACAGACAGCAGCGAUGCCAUACAGGAGCUGGAGUCCGAGUGGGAUCGCCUGGUCAGCGAUCGCGACAAUUUGCGCACAAUCUUUCCCAAUGGCGACUCGAAGGUGGUGCUGCCGUGCAAUUUACAGCGCAUGAUCUGGAACGUCCAGAAGAUCUUUCACAUCAACAAACGCCUGCCCACGGAUCUGUCGCCUAUGCGUGUCAUACGCGGCGUCAAGGGCCUGCUGGAGCGCUGUGUUAUCGUCACCGGCAACGAUCGCAUCUCAAAGCAAGCCAAUGAGAACGCAACUCUCCUGUUCCAGUGCCUCAUACGCUCGACGCUGUGCACCAAAUAUGUAUCCGAGGAGUUUCGACUGUCCACGGAGGCGUUCGAGUGGUUGAUCGGUGAGAUCGAGACGCGUUUCCAGCAGGCGCAGGCCAAUCCUGGUGAAAUGGUCGGCGCUCUGGCCGCCCAGAGUUUGGGCGAGCCGGCCACCCAGAUGACGCUGAACACUUUCCAUUUCGCCGGUGUCUCCUCCAAGAACGUAACACUGGGCGUGCCCAGGCUCAAGGAGAUCAUCAAUAUAUCGAAGAAGCCAAAGGCGCCCUCGCUAACCGUUUUCCUGACAGGCGGCGCGGCACGCGAUGCGGAGAAGGCCAAGAACGUGCUGUGCCGGCUGGAGCAUACGACGCUGCGCAAAGUGACGGCCAAUACGGCCAUCUACUAUGAUCCGGAUCCGCAGCGUACGGUGAUAGCCGAGGAUCAGGAGUUUGUCAAUGUCUACUACGAGAUGCCCGACUUUGAUCCGACGCGCAUUUCACCCUGGCUGCUCCGCAUCGAGCUCGACCGCAAGCGCAUGACAGACAAGAAGCUGACCAUGGAGCAGAUCGCCGAGAAAAUCAAUGUCGGCUUUGGCGAGGAUCUCAAUUGCAUCUUCAAUGAUGACAAUGCGGACAAACUGGUGCUGCGCAUACGCAUCAUGAACAACGAGGAGAACAAGUUCCAGGACGAGGACGAGGCUGUCGACAAAAUGGAGGACGAUAUGUUCCUGCGCUGCAUCGAGGCGAACAUGUUGUCGGAUAUGACGCUGCAGGGCAUCGAGGCCAUUGGCAAGGUGUACAUGCAUCUGCCCCAAACGGACAGCAAGAAGCGCAUCGUCAUCACGGAGACGGGCGAAUUCAAGGCAAUUGGCGAGUGGCUGCUCGAGACGGACGGCACCUCCAUGAUGAAGGUGCUCUCCGAGCGCGAUGUUGACCCGAUACGCACCUCCUCCAACGACAUUUGCGAGAUCUUCCAGGUGCUCGGCAUCGAGGCUGUUCGUAAAUCCGUUGAAAAGGAAAUGAAUGCCGUGCUCCAGUUCUAUGGCCUCUACGUGAACUAUCGCCAUCUGGCGCUGCUGUGCGACGUAAUGACGGCCAAGGGCCAUUUGAUGGCCAUAACGCGUCACGGCAUCAAUCGACAGGACACGGGCGCCCUUAUGCGCUGCUCCUUCGAGGAGACAGUCGAUGUGCUAAUGGAUGCCGCCGCCCAUGCGGAAACGGAUCCCAUGCGCGGCGUCUCCGAGAACAUUAUCAUGGGACAGCUGCCCAAGAUGGGCACCGGCUGCUUUGACCUGCUGCUGGACGCCGAGAAAUGCCGCUUCGGCAUCGAGAUACCCAACUCCUUGGGCAGCAGCAUGCUGGGCGGCGCUGCCAUCUUCAUGGGCGGCGGCUCUACGCCCAGCAUGACGCCGCCGAUGACGCCUUGGGUGAAUUGCCAUACGCCGCGCUACUUCUCACCCUCCGGUCAUGUGAGCGGCAUGACGCCAGGCGGACCCAGUUUCUCGCCUUCGGCGGCAUCGGAUGCAUCGGGUAUGUCGCCCAGCUGGUCGCCAGCGCAUCCUGGCUCCUCGCCCAGCUCACCGGGGCCAUCGAUGUCGCCACAUUUUCCGGCCUCGCCGAGCGUCUCGCCAUCGUAUUCACCGACAUCGCCCAAUUAUACGGCCUCUUCGCCGGGCGGUGCAUCGCCCAAUUAUUCACCGUCGAGCCCGAACUAUUCGCCUACAUCGCCGCUUUAUGCGGCCACCAGUCCACGCUAUGCGUCGGCGACGCCCAACUUUAAUCCACAGUCGACCGGCUAUUCGCCGUCGUCGUCGGGCUAUUCGCCAACAUCGCCUGUGUAUUCGCCCACGUCGAAUUUCCAGUCGAGUCCCUCGUUUGCUGGCAGCGGCAGUAAUAUGUAUUCGCCGGGCAAUGCGUAUUCGCCGAGCUCGUCAAACUACUCGCCCAAUUCGCCGUCUUACUCACCGAUGUCGCCCUCAUAUUCGCCGUCGAGUCCAUCGUAUUCGCCAACGUCGCCCUGUUAUUCACCCACAUCGCCCUCGUACUCACCGACUUCGCCGAACUAUACGCCCGUUACGCCUUCGUAUUCACCGACGUCGCCCAACUAUUCGGCCUCGCCGCAUUAUUCGCCAGCAUCGCCGGCAUACUCACAGACGGGCGUAAAUUAUUCGCCAACAUCGCCAACGUAUUCGCCGCCGUCGCCGUCGUAUGACGGUUCGCCCGGCUCGCCACAAUAUACGCCCGGCUCGCCGCAAUACUCACCGGCCUCACCCAAAUAUUCGCCGACGUCGCCGCUGUACUCGCCCAGUUCGCCGCAGCACUCACCGUCGAACCAGUACAGUCCGACAGGAUCAACAUAUUCGGCGACGAGUCCACGCUACUCGCCCAACAUGUCCAUCUACUCGCCGAGCAGCACCAAAUAUUCGCCCACAUCGCCAACGUACACGCCCACAGCGCGCAACUAUUCGCCCACAUCGCCCAUGUACUCACCGACGGCGCCCUCGCACUUCAGCCCCACGAGUCCCGCCUACUCGCCCAGCAGCCCCACAUUCGAGGAGAGCGACGACUAAGGCGGCGGCCUUCCUCUGAAUUGGAGGAUUACAAUGGCAUCUUAUCCAUCAAAAUCUAGCGACAGUCCCUAUAUAUAUAUAUAUAUAUAGAUAUAUAUAUGAUACUUCAUUGUCUUUGUGACGGCGGCGGGCGAUCUACAGUAGAGCAGAGCCGGACACCUCACGCUAUUAUGUAUCUAUAUCUAUAACGAUAUCUAUGAUAAUCACACACAUAUAUAUAUACAUAUAUAUGAAUAUAUGUGUAGCUAAUUUCUUUUUUUUUUCGCCUUUCUGUCAGUCGAUCUAUUUAAGGGCGAUGUUAUUAAAUUUUAUACAUAUGCAACAAAUCCUCCCACAAAUAUAUAAUCUUUUAAGUUUAAAGCGCCCCCGAUUAAGCACAAUGACAAACGAUAGUCGUAAUAUAAAUAAAACAAUUAAUAAACAUUUUUGUAAACCACAAAAA